AUGCCGUUACAGAAGAGCAUGCCGCAACGGACUCCUCAGUCAAAAUCCUCCAAUCUGCCUCCCCACACCGAUGAUUCUGGCUCUGGAGUGGAGGGUCCUCCGUCACGAAGGAUGCAGAAAAAUUCGUCCUCAGGUAGCAUCACGACGGAUAGCUCCAAUUCCAGUUCGUUGCCUUUUAGGAAUAACACGGAGCAGCGCGCUGGCGGUGCCCCAACUCGCCGAAGACAAUCGAUUAGGGAGCAGAACACGACAAUUGGCCCGCGAAAUGGAGAUCCUGUGAAACGGGCGUUCACCAAUUAUUCGAACCCUCAAACGUAUUCCGAGAACCCUUCCACACAGCCCUCCACGUCUCACGAACACACGGGAAACUCAAGCUCCCGUUUGAGUUUUGGCUCAGCAACAGCUAGUGGUUCAUUGAAGGAUGAGAGUCCGACUCCCGCCGAUAACAGCGAGUUCCUCGAGCCAAUCAGUUUCGACGAUUUCCAUAAUAGUAUCAUGUCGAAAGAACCAAGUUUAAGUCAUUUCCCCCUUCCUAUGGCCAGCAGUUAUGAUUUGAAACCUCCCGCUCCACGAUCGACACCGAGGUGGUCAAGCCAACAGCCACCGCAAAAUGGGAGCCAUGUGCGGACAGGUCAGCUGGCCCGAAGAGAAAGCAAUGCUUCACGGAGCACAGUGGGGAGUGUAACGGGAGUAAAUGGAAAUACUCAACCUCAAGGAACUACUGCAUCUCGUCCGCGUCGGCUAAGCCACGCUCCUCCUCCAUCUUCUACUGUUACAACGUCGCGGCCGCCUAGGAAAUCUAUUGGACCGGGUAGCUUGAUAUCUGACAAUGGAGAUCGCGUUGCUCCGCGGCGAAGACCAAGUUUAUCAGCAAGGAAAGCCUCGGAUGCAAAUCGUCCAGACCAGCCAAAUUUUAACCCUCAAAACUUUGAUGUUGGUGGUCCUCCCGAGUCUACAAUGUUUCUAAAUACACCUAGAUAUCAAAAAGCAAAAUCGUUGCAACCACCUUCCCGAAUAACCAGGGAUAGUAGGGAUAGCCUGUUUGUUCCAUCUACUGUGCCAGAACCCUUGAGGUCUUCGUCAAAUAAUGCUGUUCGAACUCCAGCCAAGACUGGGCUAAAUCGGACGACUACGCCCUCGUCAUCCAAGCGGAUCUCUGUUAUGCCACCACAUGCUCACGGCUUAGGGGCACGAACGAUCAGCCCUACCGAUGCUAGGCGUAUGAAACGAAUGUCGCUGAUGCCCCAACCGCCGCCCAUGCCACAUACUCCUCCCACACAGCAAAACAUUGUGCUUCCCAGACCUCGUUCUUCUGCCCAGUCUCCUUCCAUGAUACCGAGGAAAAGCGUUACCCCUUCCUCUUCAAGGACCACUCCUGAUCCUCAUCGCAAAUCCUACAGUUCGGGGAUUUCAUUAUCAUCCAAUACCAGUUACAAUUCUGCUCGGAAUUCUAACGGGUCCUUGCAACCCAGGCUUUCGCAGAAUAUUUCUACCUCUAGAUUGCCAACUCCGAAACCACGUACAGACAACGCCUCUAAUAACGAUGAGGAAGAAGUCCCGCCGGUUCCAGCAAUUCCGAAGGCAUACGAAUCGCCUAAGACUGAAGGAGAAGUCCAAUUGCCUCCUGCUCGAAAAUCUAGCCUGCCUUUUGAAACCGGAUCACUCAGAGAUAGUUUAAAGUUGGAUUCUGGUAGCUUUGAAACUCCUAGCAAAGGACCUACAAUAGAUGACUUUCAUGUUGCGAGACCAGUUGUUCAUAGGAUGGAAUCUAAACCUCGACCUGUUUCAAACAUUAGUCGCAAAAAUCUCCAACCAUUGAAGCUCCCACCACUCAAUUUAUUGCCUCUAAGCGUUCCUAUGACUAACAAGAUUGAAUCUUUGCGAGAUAAAGCGACCGAGGAUCCGACCUCGCACGUUUCCCGUACACCUCCACCCCGCCAAAUAAUGACAAAGACUCCGACUACCCCAAUGACCGCUUCUAAAGCAAGCUUCUUUUCCCACAGUAUACACGAUCAAGAACCCCUGCCAUCCACCCAACUCAGGAGCACAAGUUCGCAUCAUGCCCUCCUCACCGACCCAAUACGGUUCCGGGCCCAAAAUAGCUCAAGUGCUCUUGAGCCUUUGGAUAUUCUGUCUGACCAUAGAAGCAUUUCUCCCUAUGUAUCUUCAUCGUUACCAAAGGCUAGUGGCGAGUUUUCUCAUGUUCGACCUCAGCUUCCCAGCGAAUACUCCAGGAAUAAUGCGAGCAGGCUGACCGGCCCGCGACCUCAAACCCAGUUUGCUACUAUUUCACCACGUCUUGAGGCGUCGAGUUUGGGACCUCAGACGGCUGACACCGAAUCUGAGGGCAGCGCACCGUCGUUCACGCGGCGAAAUCCUAGCUUGGAUCACCAGAGGACAAAGUCACAUCACACCAUCAAGGAACCAAGCAACAAUUCAUCCAAAUAUGGCAACAUGCCUCCUCCGAAACUUCCAGCUUCGGCUACUUGGAAUGGCCUAUCAACAGUUGGACAGAACACAAGUUCCACCAAGCCUACCUAUCUGCAUUCGAGACGGAAAGCAUCGACGUCGAGUGUCACAAACGGUCUGGCCCAACGGACCCAAAGCAUCAGCAGCGACCAGAGCUUGGUGCUCAACCCUAGCCCUUCCACGGAUGCUGGCGAUGUAGACAGCCAACCGAAUCGCUCGACGUCAUCCUUAUUAUCGCCUGUGCAUAAACUUCUAUCGAGUUCCAAAUCAACGACACCAAAGCUUCGUCUUCAAGACCAGAAUCUUGAUCGUGAUGACUUGUUAGCUGAAGAAGAAAUGAAAAGACUAGGCAGUAAACGGAAAGAUUUUGAGACUGCUGCUAAAGAGUUGGAAGAAUUGAGGCGUAGGGCGAGUCCCAAGGAGCGGGUUGGGCCAGGCCAGGCUCUUAAGAUGGCUAGCUUGAAUAUCUUCGAGAAAGGUGAAAUCAUUGAUUUUAAGGAUAUCUACUUCUGCGGUACGCACAAGGCGAAAAAGCAUGUCGGCGAUCUUAGUGCCCAAGCUGCCAAUUUUGGAUAUGAUGAUGAACGCGGCGAUUACAACAUCGUCAUUGGGGACCACCUCGCCUACCGCUAUGAAAUCGUGGAUAUUUUAGGCAAGGGAAGUUUUGGUCAGGUGGUCCGAUGUGUUGACCAUAAAACUGGUUCUCUCGUUGCGGUGAAAAUCAUCAGAAAUAAGAAGCGAUUCCACCAGCAGGCACUUGUUGAAGUAAAUAUUCUGCAGAAGCUUAAGGAAUGGGACCCUCACCGACGUCACAGCGUAGUGAACUUUACUCAAAGUUUCUACUUCCGUGGUCAUCUGUGUAUAUCGACUGAACUUCUAGGAAUGAACCUGUACGAGUUUAUCAAAGCUCAUGACUUCCGUGGAUUCUCCCUCAAGCUCAUCCGCCGGUUUACGAAGCAGUUGCUCGGUACUCUAGUCCUUUUACAUAAGAACAAGGUCAUUCACUGUGACUUGAAACCGGAAAACGUACUUCUAGCACACCCUUUGCAUUCAGAAAUAAAGGUGAUCGACUUUGGCUCCAGCUGUUUUGAAAACGAGAAGGUGUACACGUACAUUCAGAGUCGCUUCUACCGCUCCCCUGAAGUUAUAUUGGGCAUGUCAUAUGGUAUGCCCAUUGAUAUGUGGAGCGUGGGUUGUAUACUGGCGGAAUUAUUCACUGGCUAUCCUAUAUUCCCUGGUGAAAACGAGCAAGAGCAGCUAGCAUGCAUUAUGGAGGUGUUCGGUCCCCCCGAAAAGCAUCUCAUUGAAAAAAGUACCCGGCGAAAACUCUUUUUCGACUCUCUUGGGAAACCCCGCUUGACGGUCUCAUCCAAGGGGAGAAGAAGAAGGCCAAGCUCGAAAGACCUCCGCCAAGUCCUGAAGUGUGAUGAUGAUGCUUUCCUAGAUUUCAUCACUCGUUGCUUAAGAUGGGAUCCAACACGAAGACUCACUCCAAAUGAUGCUUUGAACCAUGAGUUCAUAACGGGCAUUAAGUCCACCACUCGGUCGCGGGGCCACCUUCCUCCGAUAAACUCACCUGGAAAGCGAAUUACCUCUGGACCCGCUUCGUCGACGAUACGGCCGCUCCCCAAUCCCCCGUCCCUUAGUAGCAAGGGCGCUGGAAGGCCCCGAGACAUGCCAAGUCAAUCACCCAUUAAAGGCACAGGACCAAAGCGGAGUUCAGCCACCACAAACGUAUCCGCGGCGAACAGUACUACAAAACGGACGUCCAAUGGAAAUCCAAUUUCUGGUUCUGCCUUACCACGGGUUACGAGGGCUACGAGUGGAAAAGCAGAUCUCGCAACAGCGGCAGCGGCGACCAGCUUGAAAGCACGGUGACAAUGAGGCCUAUCUCCUGUAGUGUCAUAAAUUAAUCUUGGUUCCCUUUAUCAAUGUCUCCUAAAAAGGAAGCAGAAGGAUAUGCUCCAUUGACAAAGUGUCAUAACGGUUCGAAAUGUCUCCCCUUGUUUCAUAUUUCAUUUACACAUUUAUUUUCAGUUCAUACCCCAUGCUCUGCAUUUGCGCUUCUUUUCUGUAUCCAUUCCUCUACAAGAAAACUCGCUUUCUUGGUCAUUAUACAUCGCGCGAGUGUUGUUUGAUAUGCCUGUUGUAUUUAAUCCAACGUCCAGUAUUCACUUUUGCUUUGGACCUCAUUUUCGUCUCUCAUGAUGUAUAGCAAAUCAAACAAGCUUCUCUUUCCCUAUGUUUAUUCCAACGGGAAUAGGAACUUUGGAUUUUAAUUUCGGCUUUUGAUCUCCCCUUUGUUGCUUUUUGUUUUAUCAAGUUUCCAUCAUCGUGUAUCUUUUCAUUAGCAUCUCUCGGUCCUCUUGCAUCUGCCAAAUGCCAUAUAUCAC